AUAUACAAUAGCCAGCCGCCUUCAUCCAGCCAAAGAGACAUCGGUUACUCCGUAUUACAUCCGCCCCCCUCCUCUCUGCUCCAGAAAUUCAUCGAUCGAUCUGAUGCUCUUUGUGUUCAUUCAAAUCUCAAUUAUUCCGAUUACAUGCGAGGCAUAGUGGCUAAUCCCGAUUUUAAUCUAAUUGACGACUUCUUUGUGGUUGAGUCUAACUUCUCCGACGCAAUUUUCCGAUUUGGAUGCAGAUUGAAUGAUCUCACACGUGUUGUGUCCUCUCUUCAUUUGGCUUUGAGUUUUGCAUUUAUUGCUCGGCCCACGUCCAAGCCCCCAUUUUUGAAUUACCCAGCAGCAUUUAAUGUCUUUAUGGAGCCGUGAGCUUAACAUUUAUUGAUCUUUAUUGAGCCACCAAAAAAGUCAGAUCGGCCAACAAUUAUUGACCAUCAAAGUCAGAUCAGCCGGCAAUGCCUUGAAGAGUCUGAAGACCCAUGAUUUGAAGACCCGACCCAUUUUUGGACUGUGUUUUGGGCGGGAAUACUGUGCAUUUUUCAUUUUGGCUUUGUAUAAUAGAAGAUGUAUAGUUCUUUAUUAUUUUUGUCAUUAUACACAAAGAAAGUAAAACGGUUAUGAGCAAA